GACACCGCCGGCACCGGGGGCCUGCGCCGGGCGGCUCUGGCCGCCGCGGGGGUUUGGGCAGGAUUCCUUAUCCCGGCACGGCGGGGAGAGGGGCCAGUCAAGGGCCUCCCCGGGGGGGAGGCUGUGGCUUAGCAGCCUGCUGCUGGCUCGGAGAAGCUGAAGUGCGGGCAGUUUCUACCAAGCUGGAGCAGUUGAUCAGUCACCAAAAGCUUCUCACACCCUGCCAGGUGCACAAGAAGCUGGGAGAGCACAGGCAGGACAGCUGACCCAGACUGGCCAAAGGGAUAUUCACUACCAUUGAACAUCAUGCUCCGGACAGAGCUGAAGAAGCUCAGAAACAGACUGGGCAUCGAGGGUUUUCUUCAUAUGUGGCUGAUUACAGUAGCUCUUGAGAAUGUUGAAUAUCCUUAGGAUGUUCAGCCCAGCACGCUUCUAUUGCUAAGUCUCCUGAAUAUGGUUCAGGUCUUCCUGAGGGUUAAAGAGCUAUUUAAGAACACUACCCAGAGAUCAACCCCUGCAACAGGUACUGCAGCUACUCCAACCCCUGUGACAGGCACUGCAGUUACUUCAACCCCAUGACAAGCACCGCGGUUACUCAAAACCCAGCAAUAGGCACUGCGGCUAUUCCAACCCCGGUGACACGCACUGUGGCUACUCAAAGCCUGGCAAUAAGCACUGCAGCUGAAACAGAGAACUGACCCAUACCAGUAUCGGUCUCCCCUAUACACAAGAAGAAAAGGACACAAAAGUCAACUUGUUCAGUAAAGGAUAAUGAAGCAGGGCCAUCACAAGAACAGGAGGAAGAGACAGCACCAGAGAUAACCACCUGAUCUCUAUCCCUGAGUGAGCUGCGAGAUAUGCAAAAAGAUUUCAGUCAUCAAUUGGGAAGGCACCUUAGCACCUGGCUGCUCCAAUGCCAGAAUAACUGGGCCAGUAGCCUGGAAUUAGAGGGUAGGGAAGCCAAGAAGCUGAGAUCCCUGUCUAGGGAAGGGGGCAUUGACAAUGCGUUUGGAAAAAGGACACAAGCGCUCAGCCUCUAGAGCCAACUCUUGUCAGGAGUGACGGAAAGGUAUCCCUUCAGAGAAGAUGAUGUAUGUCAUCCAGGCAAGUGGACUACCAUGGAGGGAUGUAUCCAGUACCCAAGGGAAUUAGCUGUGCAGGAGAUGGUUUACUACGACCUGGACAAUGUUCAGUUACCCACAGAUCCAGAUGAAGUCCGAUGUACCUGACCCAUGUGGUGGAGGUUUGCACAGAGCGCGCCACUGCUGUAUGCCAAAUCAUUGGCAGUGCUGGCCUGGAAAGACGAAGAGGCAUCAAUGGUGAAUGACAUGACUGGCCAACUCUGGCAAUAUGAAGAAAAUCUCACUUCCUCCCUAUGGGCCUAUGUCUCAGCCAUGGAAAGACUGUUUGAAAAAUCCAAAAACCUGUUUGAGAAACUGUCCUGGGAGGUCCAGCAGCACAAAGAGGAUAUGUCCAAUUCCCUGCUUGUAUGGACCAGUACCUCAGCUAUUAGGAGUAAGCGUUCCUCUGCUCAAGAGAGAGGAUAUAGAGGGUACACACCAUGAGGUAUCCUGUGGUUUUACCUGCGUAACCACAGAGAGGACAUGAGGAAAUGAGAUGGCAAACCUACCUCGACCCUAGAGGCACAGGUAUGUGAGUUUCAAGGAAAAACAAUCACAAAAGGGGAUUCUUCCAGGAAAAUUGCUGCUUCAGUCUCUAGUGGGCAGUUCCACAGACAGAGUAGGAGGACUGAUCUUAUUUCUGAUCUUAUGGAAGGAGCUUCUGAUUCAUAUUUACAAGAAGUGAGUAACAAGGAUGGGAUUCAAACCCACAUGCACCACACAAACCCAUUUGUCAGUAACAAAUACGAUGACAAGGACUAGAGGGGCCCUGCCUCCAGCCAGGUGGAGGAAAGGGACAAACGGGUUUAUUGGACUGUGUGGAUCCGAUGGCCUGGCAUGUCAGACCCACAGGCGUAUAUGGCUCUAGUGGACACCAGCACACAGUGUACCCUAAUGCCAUCGAGCUAUAAAGGGGCAGAACCCAUCUGUAUUUCUGGAGUGAUGGGGGGAUUCCAACAGGUAGCUGUACUGGAAGCUAAAGUAAGCCUAACUGGGAACGAAUGGCAAAAGCACCCCAUUGUGACUGGCCCAGAGGCUCUGUGCAUCCUGGGCAUAGACUACCUCUGGAGAGGGUAUUUCAAGGACCCAAAAGGGUACUGGUGGGGUUUUGGCAUAGCUGCCUUAGAGAUGGAGGAAAUUAAACAGCUGUCUACCAUUCCUGGUCUCUCGGAGGACCCUUCUGUUAUGGGGUUGCUGAGGGGCAAGGAACAACAGGUGCCAGUCACUACCACAGCGAUGCACUGGGGGCAAUACUGCACCAACCAAGACUCCCUGAUUCGCAACCAUAAGCUGAUUUGUCAGCUGGAGAGCCAGGGAGUGAUCAGCAGAACCCGCUUGCCCUUUGACAGCCCCAUAUGGCCGGUGCAGAAGUAUAAUGGAGAGUGGAGGCCAACAGUAGACUAUUGUGGCCUGAAUGAAGUCACGGCACCCGUGAGUGCUGCUGUGCCAGACACUCUAGAACUUCAAUACAAACUGGAGUCAAAGAUAGACAAGUGGUAUGCCACAGUUGAUAUCGUGAAUGCGUUUUUCUCAGUCCCUUUGACAGCAGAGUGCAGGCCACAGUUUGCUUUCACUUGGAGGGGUGUCCAGUACACCUGGAAUCGACUGCCCCAGGGGUGGGAACACAGCCCCACCAUUUCCCAUGGACUGAUCCAGACUGCACUGGAACAGAGUGAAGCUCCAGAACGCCUGCAAUACAUAGAUGACAUCGUUGUAUGGGGCAACACAGCAGAAGAAGUUUCUGAGAAAGGGAAGAAAAUAGUCCAGAUUCUUCUGAAAGCUGGUUUUGCCAUAAAACAAAGUAAGGUCAAGGGACCUGCACAGGAGAUCCAGUCUUUAGGAAUAAAAUGGCAAGAUGGGUGUCAUCAGAUCCCAAUGGAUGUGACCAACAAAAUAGCAGCUAUGUGUCCAGCAACUAACAAAGAGGAAACAAGCUUUCUUAGGCAUUGUGGCUUUCUGGAGAAUGCAUAUCCCAAAUUGCAAUAUGAUCGCAAGCCCUCUUUAUGAAGUGAUGCGGAGGAGGAAAGAUUUCAAAUGGGGCCCUGAGCACCGACAAGCCUUUGAACAAAUCAAACAGGGAAUAUUUCAUGCAGUAGCCCUUGGGCCAGUCCAGGCAGGACCAGAUGUAAGAAACGUGCCCUACACCGCAGCCGGGAAGAACGGCCCUACCUGGAGUCUCUGGCAGAAAGCACCAGGGGAGACUUGAGCCCGACCCCGGGGGUUUUGGAGCUGGGCAUACAGAGGAUCCGAGGCCCGCCACACUCCAACUGAAAAAGAGAGAUUGGCAGCAUAUGAAGGGGUUUGAGCUGCUUCGGAGGUGGUUGGCACUGAAGCACAGCUCCUCCUGGCACCCCGACUGGCAGUGCUGGGCUGGAUAUUCAAAGGGAGGGUCCCUUCUACACGUUGUGUAACUGAUGCUACAUGGAGUAAGUGGGUUGCACUGAUCACACAGCGGAAACCCCAAUCGCCCAGGAACUUUGGAAGUGAUCAUGGACUGGCCAGAAGGCAAAGAUUUCAGAAUAUCGCCAGCAGAGGAGGUGACACGUGCUGAAGAGGCCCCACUGUAUAAUAAACUGUCAGAAAAUGAGAAACCAUAUGCCCUGUUCACUGGUGGGUCCUGUCGCAUUAUGGGAAAGCAUUGGAGGUGGAAGGCUGCUGUAUGGAGUCCUUCACAACAAGUCACAGAAGCUACUGAAGGAGAAGGUGAAUGGAGCCAGUUUGCAGAAGUGAAAGCCAUCCAGCUGGCUCUAGACAUUGCUGAAAGAGAAAAGUGGCCGAUGCUCGACCUCUGUACUGCCUCAUGGAUGGUGGCCAAUGCUGUGGGGCGGUUACAGCAAUGGAAGCAGAGCAACUGGCAGCGCAGAGGCAAACCCAUCUGGGCUGCCCCACUGUGGCAAGAUAUUGCUGCCUGGCUAGAGAAGCUACUGAGGCUUCUGAGUAGUCAGGGCACUGAGGAACAUCAAAACAACCACCAGGUAGAUCAGGCUGCUCAGAUUGAAGUGGUUUAGGUGGAUCUGGACUGGCAACAUACGGGUGAGUUAUUUAUAACUUGGUGGGCCCAUAACACCUCAGGCCAUCAAGGAGGGGAUGCAACAUUUAGAUGGGCUCGUGAUCAAGGGAUGGACUUAACCAUGGACACUGUCGCGUAACUUGUCCAUGAAUGUGAAACGUGCUGCAGUCAAGCGAACCAAGCUGUUAAAGGCUCUGUGGUAUGGAGGAUGAUGGCUGAAAUACAAAUAUGGGGAGGCCUGGCAGAUUGAUUAUAUCACGCUUCCACAAACCCACCAAGGCAAGUGCUAGGUACUUAAAAUGGUGGAAGCAACAACUGGAUGGCUGGAAACACAUCCCAUACCCCAUGCCACCACCUGGUACACUAUCCUGGGCCUUGAAAAGCAAGUCCUGUGGUGACAUGGCACCCCAGAAAGAAUUGAGUCAGACAACAGGACUAUUUCCAAAACAACCCUUAUAGACACCUGGGCCAAAGAGCAUGGCAUUGAGUGCACCAGCCUCUGGGAAAAUUGAACAAUACAAUGGACUACUAAAGACUACACUGAGAGCAAUGGGUGGUGGGAUCUUCAAACAUUGGGAAGCACAUUUAGCAAAGGCCACCUGGUUAGUUAACACUAGGGUGUCUGCCAAUCGAGCUGGCCCUGCCCAGUCAAAACUUUUGCAUACUGUAGAAGGGGAUAAAGUCCCAUAGUGCACAUGAAGAAUACGUUAGGGAAGACAGUCUGGGUUAGCCCUACUUCAGGCAAAGGCAAACCCAUCUGUGGGACUGCUUUUGCUCAAGGACCUGGGUGCACUUGGUGGGUGAUGCGGAAGGAUGGGGCAGUCCAAUGUGUACCUCAAGGGGAUCCAAUUUUGGGUGAGAAUAGCCAAUAAAUUAAAUUGUAUAGUGUUAAUUGCUAAAUAACUCUGCCAUUGUACAUCAUCACUACUACAAUUGCUAUAUACUGUAUCAAUGGUAUUACAGUAAGAAUCACCCAGACUAAUGAAAAAUGAACUUUGAUGAAACCGAGCAAAGUGCAACAAUGAUGGAACUAGAAUUGGCUUCAGCAACAAGCAGCCAGUAGUUUUGAGAUUGACAUGUUCAACCCGCAGACCGUAAGCAUGGACCACACCAGAUAUAUCGGAUAUGAGGUGCAGAUACAGCAUUGCAACAAUCCCACACCACUCACCAUCUCUUCUGCCCUGAGAGACUCUUAUGACGGAGCCCAAAAUGAUGGACUAAGUGAACUCAAUGGACAUUUUAGAGGGAUGGCCCAUAGACUAAGGGAAUGAUAUCUGUGUGUACAUACCAAAAGACAGGAGAAGUGAUGGUGAUUAAUUGGAAUGUAUUGGGAAGUAUAGGACCUGGGCAUGACAUAGAUGGUAUGGAAUAAGGGGUGAGUACUGUCCUGGUUUCAGCUGAGAUAGAGUUAAUUCUCUUUCUAGUAGCCUGUAUAGUGCUGUGUUCCGAAUUUAACAUGAGAAUAAUGUUGAUAACACACUGAUGUUUUUAGUUGUUGCUGGGCAGUUGUAGUGUCUACACUAAGUCAAGGACUUUUCAGCUUCUCACACCCUGCCAGGUGCACCAGAAGCUGGGAGAGCACAGGCAGGACAGCUGACCCAGACUGGCCAAAGGGAUGUUCCCUGCCAUAGAACUUCAUGCUCCGGAUAGAACUGAAGAAGCUAGCUGGGAGGUGGAAUCGCUGCUCAGAAACAGACUGGGCAUCGAGGGUUUUCUUCAUAUUUGGCAAGCAAUUG